AUGCAGCCCCUGAACCCCUUCUUAGCCGCCUUCUUCAAGCCAGGGAGCUCCGUUGCCACCCAGUGCACGCCUGUUCACCACUACAUCCUCCUCGUUCCGACUACCGAGUUCUUCCUCACCUCCCGCGAAGUCGAGACCGGGUCCCCGCUGUCCGACGUCGUCGCCACUGACGAAUUCCUGGGGAGCCAUGUCCUGCGCAUCCCUAGCCCCUUCUCCGUCGCGGGAGGGAAGGAUGGCGUCUCAAACUUGAGAGAAUGGAGGGGAAAGGCCAAGCCGUAUACUACACUCAAUGGCCGAAGUGUUGUCAUCAAAGAUGCCUUCGUCUACAGCAAUAAGGGCUUCAAAACGCAUACUCAGUCUCAGCUUUUAUCCGAUACGAUUUGGCACGCCGAUACGAUCGAGCCUCGGCAAUGGCUUAUAUACUUCAUAUCGAGACCUUUGGUUGGUACCUGGGAGGAGAUCGAGAUUCCUCGUGCCGUUUUUACGGAGGGCAUGGCAAAGAGGCAAGCGGCGGAAGCGAAACAAGCUGCCGCUCUGGAGAAUGGGGAGCCCAGCCUACCGAGGAAGAAAGAUAUCAAAAGCUUCCAUGAUCUCCUCAACAAUUUCCCAAGCAUCGCGAGACAGAUGCACCCCGGGCUCGAAAUGCUUUUCAAGGAGUUCAACACCAUCUUCGAUAAACCGCUGCCUCCACCACCGUCCGCAGCGCAUAUUCCAGACCCUCCGCCGGAUGGCCCUAUCGCCGCCGCUAUGAAGAAGGUCCGGGCUAGCAGUCUACCGAGGCGACGAAGCAGUUUUGACAGACACAGCGGGGCGCCGCCCGUGGAGAACUUCUUCGCUGAAGAGGAUGAGCAUGUCAUGCGAGCCUCUUUAGAAACAGCGGUUACGACUGCCAUCGACCUCUUUCAAGGCGUCGACACGCAGCAGCUAUCGAUGCUUGGUGCUACAACAGAGCUAACCGGCCCGCUAGUAGAGAGACUUAUUGAGAGAUACGUGGCCGAAAAUGUACAUAAUCUAAUAUGGCCACGACUCACUACUCUCCGGCGGCCACAAGACCAGGAGCUUGACGCUAAAAUACGACAAAUGGAAUUCAUCGAUAUUUCACAGUUAGGUAUCUUGAUAGAAGGGGGCCCUAAAGCCAAGCGCGCACUCGCGACAAGACUCGGUAUCGCCGUCGAUGACUUUAGACGGAUGGCAAACGCAACAAGUGCUCAAGAUAUGAUGCAAAUCUUAUUAGCAACAAUUAAAGCUGCCACGCAAUUAGCUGAGCAGCCAGAUCCCAGCGGUAACGCCAAAACCUCGUCUGAAAAGAACGUACUCAUGGUCAAUGCUGAUACUCUGGUGUCUCUUCUCCUAUUUGUUGUAAUUAGAGCAGGGGUUAAGAAUCUACAGGCAAGACUGCUCUACAUGAAACACUUCAUCUUCAUCGAUGAUGUUGACAGCGGAGAAAUGGGAUAUGCUCUGAGCACGUUUGAAGCGGUUUUGUCCUACCUAUUUGGCGAUUCAAGUAUUUUAAGGCGAGCUAGUCGCCGCAACAAAGCCCUAUGGGACGCAACAGCCAAGGGUGAGGUGGACGAGCUGAGGAGAAUAAUAAAUGGCUCUUCAGACGUCGCUGAGGAUGAUGAUCUCCCCGCAUCACCGCUCUCGAGCCGUGCUCCUUCGGUAAAUUGGAGUAUGUUUAGUGGUUCAUACGGACGAUCUUCAUCGGCUUUGACACCAUCAGAAACCUACUCUCAAGGGUCAGGUUUAGGCCAUGUGUUUCCGUUCCAAAACAAACCAUCAGAUGAUCUACCGACUGCUCCAGUCAAGAAGGUGAAGAAGGUUGCCAUGGACACUAGAAGUAUGUCUAGCGGCUCAGAAUUCUCCUAUCACUCGCGGACUGGCAGCAUCAUCACAUUGGGCAGUGGGCUUGAAGGAGAUACCUCUGUCGAACGUCUAUGCCAAACUCAGGAUUCUUUUGGCGAGUCAAUUCCCAUGAUGGCUAUUCAGAACGAGCGUCCGGAGGUGCUGAGAUAUCUCCUGUCAUUAGAAGAUUUUUUCCCUAAGGACAUAAUCCUCGAAGAUACCAACAAUGAUGACACCACUCUCUUAAGUGCCGCUAUACAGCUGGGCCACACUGAGCUGAUUGACAUCAUUCUAGAUUUCGUUUUGAAAUCAAGCCCUGAGCUGCAGAUUCGGCAAUAUUUUGCUCUACAGGACGUACGCGGCCGAAGUAUAGCCCACUACCUGUUCCAUGCGCCAGCUUUGAUCACGCGAAUUGGACACUUGAUUCCUUGGCGGCAAAGAGACAAGAAUGGCUUGACACCAUUAUUUGCUCUUUGCCGGUCUUAUGAUCAUGCUGAUUACACUAACAUGGUUCAGGCUGGACUCGAAUCUGCCGCUGUGGCCCAAGGGGAUGGGCAGCCACUCCAUCUCGAUGAUCACGUGGAUUUCAAAGGCAACACUCUUCUACAUAUUGUUAAUGAUCCGCAGCUGGCUGUUAGGAUCUUGUUGUUUUGUGAUGUUGACGUGAACGCUACCAACGAAAAGAGAUUUACCGCACUGAUGGUCGCAAGUAAAUAUGGGCGUUUCGACAUGGUGCGGACCCUCUAUUCUGACAGGAGGGUAGAUGUCGCAGUUAGAGAGGCCCGUGGAUUAACAGCUGUAGAGCUCGCAAAAGAUGACGAGGUUCGGAAUCGCAUCGACGACCUGGCUUUAUUCACCAUGACACCUGCCUCUGAUGGUCGGAUUACCGGCGUGGUCCGGUCAUUCUUUGUGGAAGAUGCUACCAUCCGGCUAGUAUUGAAAUCGGGCGCCCCUGCAGAACAAAAUUGCUACACAGUGACAAGUUGCCGACGCUCAACACUCGAGUUUGAGCAUCUUGUUACCCUGCUAUCUAUGGAGAACCCGGCAUCGUGGAUUCCUAAAGUUACGAGUCAACGAUCACCAUUCCAGAUUCCCUCUAAGCCAUCACGGGCGGUCUUAAGGGACAUACAAAUGCGUACCAACGCCUUCUUAAAGAUCAUGCUAUCACACCCUACGUUCGCGACACAUGAAAUGCUAUGGGAAUUUUUUCUAGUCCCAGAACUCCAGGCAGAUAUGAUGGAACAGCGAAGUCGUUUGAAAGCGGAAACAAGAGUGGAAAGAGUGCGAGAUGAAUUUGAACCAUUGGAGGACACCCACGAGGUAGAGCAAUUCGUGGACCAUGCGCGCGAGACAGUUCGUGGUGUUAAUUACGCUACGAAGACACUUGCGCGCAGGAUCAAUGCAGUUGGAGUCGCCACAAACGACCUAUAUGAUGCUGCAUAUUUGAUGUCCCGCAUGGUGUCUACACUCGCAUUUCUGCCGCCCACUCACACUACCGCGGUGGAGACUUACAUCAAGACACUCGCACCACCUGCCACAAAUCCACAGCAUAUAUUCCAUGCUUCGAUCUUGGCACUGCAAUCCACGAUUCAAGCCAUGCUUACAGCGUUGUCACGGCCGCCGCAUCUCAUAGCGCAGAUCAGCCUGGCCCGCAAAGCCAUCGAACGCAACUAUAACUCGGUAUCGCGCUCUACGAGAUGGCCUCUCGGCUUACUAGACGAGACACGCCAGCGCAUUAACGAAGAGAAAGAAGAGAGAGCCAGGCGAACUCAGGUUGAGCUGGAUGAUCUUUCAAAGGAGCUUCGCUACACGCAGCAGACUGUGGCUAGCGAAUUAGCUGGUUGGCAGGAAUUGCACGAGCGCAUGGGACGGCAGGCCAUCAAGGAAUUCGCGAGGAGUAUGUUGCUGAUCGAACGCGAGCGGCUACAGGGUAUCAAGAGGGCCUUGAGGAAGUUACAUGAUGCUCCUCUCGGUGCAUCACCAAUCGCUCAAGCGCACUGGCUCUCGGGUUCUAUUCCGCCAAGCAUACCUGAGAUGGGUAAGAAUCCACCAGCGAGCAAUGGAGGCGAGUCUAGCGCCAUGGGUGAAGCAACAGCAGUCAACGGUGUACAGUAA